GACACUACUAAGAGUUUUUACCUAACCUGCAGGCUCCUAUCUAAAAUUACAGCAGUAAAUAAACCGCUGUCGUUCUUUAUUUGUAGUAAUGACACAGUGGAUGUACGCCGUUGAUGCUACUUUGCCCAUAUCCUCUGUUUCCUUUAACUAACAGAAGGGACACUGUACAAUUAUGGCGUUUUGAGAAGGAAAGUGAGAGUUUUGGGGGGAAAGGGGGCCUUUCCCCUCAAGUUUGAUGGUUAGACUGCUGGAAGAGAAGGUCAGAGGGUUGGUGAAAUCGUUGCCUUUUGCAAAUUAUUAGAUAAAAACUAUUUUUUCAAACCUUUAAAUGUACAAUUUUGUAAAAAAAAUUAAGAUGUUUGAUAUUUAUUGAAUUCUUAAUGCAUUUAUAUACUGUAAGCACCUUAUUUUGUGUUCACUUUUUGGUCAAAAUGGUGGAUUGAAACAAAGUCACACAAAGGCUCUGGAGUUGCUAGGGUGCAGUGGAACCUCAACACAGGCACAAUUCUAGCGCUCCAAACCAUCUUGCGCAGUGGCAACACAAGAUUUUGCUUAAUGUUUUUAGUUUGCUACCUCACAUCGUAUUGCUUUUGAGUUUGAUUGCAAUUUUGGGUGGUGGGCUGCCAGAAAGACUUCAUGAUACAUUAGGAAGGAGGGUCACUGAAGAUUCUGCAGAGGUCAGGAUGAGUCUGGCUAAACCAGACUGCACCCCAAAAUGCCGCUCACAGCAGCACGCAGAGCAGGUGAUAGCAGCGUUAACGGGCGGCUCUGAGGGGCAUCUGCGGGCGUUCCUGACAUCACACUGCCAUAAUGCAACCACCCUGCGGGACACCUUCGGUCGCACAGCCCUGCACUUGGCAGCUUCAGUGGGGAAGAAGGAACUGCUGGAGUGGCUGUUGGUGAAUAAGAACGCGGACGUCACAGUGAGAGACAAAGAAUCUGGCUGGACUGCUUUGCACCGUAGUGCAUUCUAUGGGCAGAUCCACUGUCUCAUAUCGCUAGUUAAGCAUGGUGGACUUGUCUCUACUCAGGACAAGGAGGGUCUCUCUGUUCUGGACCUUACAAUGAAGGACCGGCCAACACAUGUUGUGUUUAAAAACAGUGAUCCAACUGAAGUAUACACAUGGGGAAAUAAUACUAAUUUCACUCUGGGCCAUGGUAAUCAGGAGAGCCGCCAGCACCCUGAGCUUGUGGAUGUGUUUGCCAGGACUGGAGUUUACAUAAAGCAGGUGGUUCUGUGCAAGUUCCACUCUGUGUUCCUAUCUCAGAAAGGCCAGGUGUUUACGUGUGGACAUGGACAAGGAGGACGGCUUGGCCAUGGGGAUGAGCAGACCUAUCUGAUUCCUCGAAUGGUAGAGGGUCUGAUGUCCCACCACUGCUCCCAGGUGGCAGCAGCCAAAGAUCACACAGUGGUGCUGACAGAGGAAGGCUAUGUGUACGCGUUUGGCCUCAACACCUUCAACCAGCUGGGUCUGGCUCCUCCACCUGCUGCUGCACAUGUGCCUAAACAGGUUUUCUCCAAGAUGCUCAAGGGCAGGACAGUGAUUGGAGUAGCAGCAGGAAGGUUCCACACAGUGCUGUGGACCAGAGAAGCUGUGUACACAAUGGGACUCAAUGGAGGCCAGCUAGGUUACCUACUGGAUCCUAAUGGGGAGAAGUGUGUGAUAGCUCCCCGGCAGGUCUCUGCCCUGCACCACAAGGAUGUCACUAUAGCAAUGGCUGCAGCUAGUGACGGCGCAACGGUGGUUGUGUCUGAGAAAGGAGACGUCUACCUGUUGGCUGACUACCAGUGCAGGAAAAUGGCUUCAAGGCAGCUCAACAUCAAGAAGGUUCUGGUCAGCGGUGGCAGUCUGGAUCAUCGUGUGGAUCCACAGAUCCUGAGUGAGGGAGGAGGUGGAAAGGUGGCCAUUUUAGCAUUGGAUGAAGCUGGAAGGGUGUUUUGCUGGCGUUCCUCCGGCAGCGCAGUGAGACAGUGCCGGUGGGCGUACGGACGUCAGGUUUUCAUGUCGGACAUAGCGCUCAGCAAAAACAGCAUGAUGUUUGUGACUCAGGAAGGGGAGGGCUUUAGUGGAGUGUGGGCCGGCGAGUAUAAGAAGUAUGGGGAAAAGAAAGAUGACGGUGUGGAGGUUUGUGGCCAUUCAGAUGCUGUGACGGUGUACGAGCGAAUUCGCCUCGAAAAGCUCCACCAUGUCCACAGAGCUGUCAGCAUCACCAUAGAUUCAAAAGGCCGGAACUUUGGAGCUCUUCAGGCCGACCCCAAAACAUACUUGUAUGAGAUUCCCAGCAUUUCUCCGUCCUGUUUCUCCCAACACUUUCGGAGCCUUCUGGAUGAGGCGGACGAGACCGACAGCAUCCACGAUGUGACGCUCCAGGCCGGCGAUCGCACCUUUCCAACUCAUAAGUACAUCCUGUCCAUGAGGUCCGAUUUUUUUCGGAAACAGUUCAUGUACAAGCAUUGUGGCAAUGAUGAGGAACUGGAUAAGGAAGUGAGGAAGAGCGAGGAUGCUGUGGGCUGUGAUCUACUCAUUUUGGAUAAAGUUCCACCGGACAUGCUGGAACACGCUCUGCAGUUCAUCUACACUGACUCGUGUGAGAUGCUGGUCCAUGGAGCCCGGCCAAGAGUUUCCGGAACCCUGAUGGGGCUCAACCAGGACUCGGAGCAGGAGAAGCUUAUCAGCAGCCUGCAGGACUUGGGACUGAGGGGUCGCUCAGCCUUCGAGGUGUACCACUCCCUUCCCCUUGCCACUAAAGGAACUGGAGACAAGGCCAAGAGCAAGGGCUCCAAGCCUGGCAAGAAGGGGAAAGGAGGCAAAGCUGACAGGGCUGAAGGCAACGAGGGCGGUGUCAGUCCUGUGAAGAGCUUACAGACUAUUGCAAAAAAGCUGGGCCUGGGCAACCUGUCUGCACGCCUUGAUGGAGUCAAAUAUGAAAAUGGAAUGAUCAAAGUUGUUAACAAGAAGACUGGCCACAAGCCUAAAUUCUACCAGAAAAAAUGCUCAUAUCUGUGUGAUGUUACUCUGAAAUCCGAAGAUGGGAAGGAGUUCCCUUGUCACAAAAGUGUCCUUUGUGCAAGACUAGAAUACUUCAAUAGUAUGCUUGGAAACCCUUGGAUUGAGGCCACGUCCUGUUCUGCCCUGGAGAUGCCUACUAGCUCAGAGAUCCUGCAAGUCAUCCUCGAGUACAUUUACACAGACGAGGCUCCUACAAUUAAAGAGUCUCUGAAUGUGGAGUUUGUUUGCAACGUAUUGGUUGUAGCCGACCAGCUGCUCAUCACACGACUGAAGGAGAUGUGCGAGGUCGUCAUCACAGAGAACUUGACGCUGAAGAAUGCUGCCAAGCUGCUAGAGUUCUCCGCCAUGUACAACGCAGAGCAGCUAAAACUUUCCUGUCUCCAGUUUAUCGUGCUCAACAUGGCUGCCCUGUUGGAGUCAAGAGCUUUGGAUAUUCUUAGUGACGAAGUGCUCAUGGAGCUUUCUGCAGCCUACAAGAGGAUGAUCCCAGCCAUGCAAAAGAGAGUUAUCACCCCAUACCCUGGUGCUCCAGAUCUCAGUGUGUAUGAGGAUGAGGAUUUGGAUGCUGUGUUCAGUCCCAAACCGGAGACAGAGCUGGAUCACUCCUGCAGAGAAAUCCUGUUAAAGAAGGCCAAGAUGAAGGCUAAGAAGAAAUCACGGCGACGCUCUGACAGCUCAGGAGGUUACACUUUGUUGGAUAUCAUCCAGAGCCCCCCUGCUACAGUGUCUGUCCUCUCCGUGGUCUCGCCGUGUCUGGUGAAGUCCGGCAAGGCAAACUCGACGGAGUCGCUGCAGGAGCUGCUCACGUCUGACUCAGAGGGCAGCACCAUGGGCGUGGGAAGUCCGCGAUAUAUGGAGUCGCCCGUCUUCCAUGACAGAUCUGAGGAUGAGAAGGUUUUCAGUGUGAGGCUGAAGACUCCACCAAACACCCCAAUCUCCCUGAAAAACACCUUUCCAACUCCACCGGACUCUGCUCCACAAACCAUCCCCAAGAGCCUUCCAUGUCCUGUUCAUCCACCCCCAGUCCUGGACCUGAGAACUAUAAUGGACAUGGAAGCCAACUCUGUUCAGACCAUGGGAGCCACUCCUAAAAGCCCUGGGAGCAUCAUUACCAGCAUCAAGCACUCGCAUGUUCCCACUAAGCUCUCCCAGAAGCAGAGAAAGAUGUUGGCCAUGGCUAACAAGGAGGCCAGUGUGGAGACCACCUCUGCUAAAUCGGCCCCCGCAGGCACUCCAUCCAAGAGCAGUGGAAAGACCUGGGCAACAACAGUCAACUCCCCACCAUCCUCAUACUCAUUUCGGGCUCUGCUGGAGGAGGAGGAGAACCGGCUAACCAAAGAAGGGACACAGAGAGGCCAAGGUGCACAGGGAUCGCCUGUCCCCGCUGCUGCCCGGAAGGUCACGUUCAAGGACGGUGACUGCAGCGAGCCAGAGAGACCCACUGGGCCCUGGGUGCUGGGAGCAGUGGGGAGCCCUCCUCUACCCUCCCUGGUGACCUUCGCCUCCAUCGUGGAGGAGGAGAAGCAGCAGGAGGCGGCGCUCGUGCGCAGCAGAGAGAAGCCGCUUGCGCUCAUCCAGAUUGAAGAGCGGGCCAUCCAAGACCUUCUCCUCCAUUAUAAGGCACAUGGCAACCCUGAUGAGCUGAUAGUAGUUGAAAGGUCUUCCAGAGGUCCUAUGGCAGCCCCGACUUGGAACAAACAUUGACAUUUACACGCUUAGCUGUUACAUGCUACAUCCUGUGAGUGAGAACAUGCCCUGCCGUCAGCAUCAGACCCAUCAGUGUGUGAUGAGAGGUACCUCGGUCUCAUCCAUCCACGUGGAGCUGAGUCUGAACCCAAUCACUACAGUGUUAAGCUUUUGUUUUGUUACUCAACAUGCUGAGCCUGGGAUUACUUUGCGUGUUCUUUUGUCCCACUUGAAUAAAUCUGUGAUGUCAACAGAAAGCAAGUCACCCAAACAAAUAUUGUUGCCACAGAAAUAACACAUUUUCUAGCCACAAAAUGGGUCCAAACUAGAGUGUGUGUGCGCGUGUGUGCGCGUGUGUGCGCGUGUGUGCGCGCGUGUGCGCGCGUGUGCG